UACUUUGUACUCCUCGUGGUGCUUUAGCUUCUUUACAGAAAAAGACGCGUGAAUAGGCGUUGAAAACGCUCAUUUCUCAACUUCUUGUGGGUUUUGGUCUCUGUCUUUGCCACUUCUCUCUCGUUGUCGUUGUGCCCCAUAUGCUUUUGAAUCUUCUUUGAAAUUUACUAUUUUAUGGGAAAAAAAAACUGGGAAAAAAAAUAAGUUUUUCAAAUCAUUAGAGACAGAGGGAAGGGGGAUAUUUGUUAUUGGUGGAGAUGAUGGAUCUAUGGAGAUUAUCUUUGUUGGUUGUGAUUGUGGCGGCAAUGGUUGUGGGUGAAUUGAGUUCUGGUUGUUUAGGCAACGUCCUGACUUUAAAUGUAAAACGUAAAUUUGCAGGCCGAGGGAAGGAUUUAAGUGCAAUGCGAGCUCAUGAUAUGCGUCGUCAUGGUAGGCUUUUGUCGACUGUCGAUGUGGAUAUCCCUUUAGGUGGCAAUGGCCACCCUUCUGAAACUGGGCUUUAUUUUGCUAAAAUUGGAUUAGGAAAUCCAUCAGAGGAGUAUUAUGUUCAAGUUGAUACUGGUAGUGACAUUCUAUGGGUGAAUUGUGCUGGAUGUGACAAGUGUCCCACAAAAAGUGACCUUGGUCUAGGAUUAACAUUAUAUGAUCCAAAGAGGUCCUCCACUUCAAGACUGGUUUAUUGUGAUCAAGACUUUUGUACUUCGACAUAUGAUGGUCCACUCCCUGGUUGCAAGCCUAGUCUUCAGUGCCAAUAUAAUGUUGUUUAUGGUGAUGGAAGUUCAACUGCUGGAUACUUUGUAAAGGACAACAUACAAUUGGAGCAGGUGACUGGUAACCUUCAGAGUAAAUCAACAAAUGGUACUGUUGUUUUCGGGUGUGGUGGUAGACAAUCCGGGGAAUUAGGAUCAUCAAGUGAAGCACUAGAUGGGAUUCUAGGAUUCGGACAAGCAAAUUCUUCUAUAAUAUCACAAUUAGCUGCUACUGGGAAAGUAAAAAGAAUGUUUGCACACUGUUUUGAUAAUGAUGAUGGAGGUGGAAUCUUUGCAAUUGGUGAAGUGGUAUCACCAAAAGUCAAAACAACACCAAUGGUUCCAAACCAGGCACAUUACAAUGUUGUAAUGAAGGAAAUUGAGGUUGGUGAUACUCUAUUACAACUUCCAAGUGAUGUUUUUGAUAGCGGAGAUCAAAAAGGAACAAUAGUGGAUAGUGGUACAACUUUAGCAUAUCUUCCACCUGCAAUUUAUGAACCACUAAUGGAUGAGAUUCUCUCCCCGCAACCUGCAUUGCAAUUGUAUUCUGUAGAAGACCAAUUUACUUGUUUUCACUAUUUGAAAAAUGUUGAUGAUGGAUUUCCGACUGUGAAGUUUCAUUUUGAGGGUUCCCUUAUUUUAAGAAUUUAUCCCCAUGAAUAUCUGUUCCAAAUUCGUGAAGAUAUUUGGUGUUUUGGUUGGCAGAACAGUGGAAUGCAAUCUAAAGAUGGCAAAGAUAUAAUUCUUUUGGGAGAUUUGGUGCUUUCAAAUAAGGUGGUUGUAUAUGAUAUAGAAAAUCAGACCAUUGGAUGGACUGAAUACAACUGCUCUUCGAGCAUCAAGGUGAGGGAUGAAAGUUCGGGGGCGGAGUAUUCCAUCGGUGCACAUGAUAUUGCUUCAGGUUCCAGUUUGAGAAUUGCAGGAAUUCUAACAUUAUUGUCUAUACUAAUUGCUUUACUGAACACUUCUAUAGCUUAGGUUCGAACCAGACAUUCAUUGAUUCUGUUGUACCAUAAUCCAUUUUUUUUGGGUGAAAAUGUGGGUCUUUUUCCCCUCAACUCGGAUACAACAGUUUCAUUAAUAUAUACAUACCGCAAAUAUACUUUGUAACA